AUGUUAGCAUAUGAAGCAUACUCUCUUACGGUUGGCUCAAGCGCACGCUGCCACCAAAAACGGCCUGUCUUUUUUUCUAUUAAACGCGUGUGCGUUCAUCCCACUCUUUGCCCGUCGGCCUGGGAGAAUCUGCCAGUUGAAGCGUUAAUGCUCAGCUUGUCUCAACCCUUCUCACAGAAUGCCUACAGUCUUAGUCAUAGACUAUUCAACUCCACUUGCCUCCCGUCCACGAGCACCUCUUUGCUUGCCCCCUCCUGUCCACUCUCCUUUGUUCUGCCCCUCAGUCCGCAGGCCCACACUUUGGUGCCGUUUGCCCACUCGCUUGACCCACUCCUUCGCUAUCUUCGCACCACGACACUCUCCGACUGGACUUUGUCGUCUGUCCACCCUUCGGUAAGACCAAGUGACAGCCACAAGAGCUCCCUUUCUAACCAUCUACAGUAUUCAACAUGUGAAUACAAAAAACAUGAUAAUAUCUAA